CUUACAAUCCUCCUUUUGGUUUUGCUUACUGUUUGCACCCCUGUAUUUGCUUGGUGUGUAACUGCUAAUGGCACCCCUGUAUUACACUAUGGUAAAUUGUUGUUACUGCUGUAUCUUGGUCUUUGCUUGUCAUGAUCUCCCCUGUAUCUGUUAAGCUAUCAUCACAUGUAUGUACUCAUUGAAAAUUGAAAUGCUUCUGUUUUCAAAAUUUCUGCUUGCUUUUUCCAAUUUUCGGGUUAGUAUUUGGGGGAUUAGUCAGUUUUGUUGUCCAGUACCUAUGUUCUUAAGGCCUCAGUGGCUGAGUGUUCUGCUUUUGAUUCUCUACAAAUAUAAAAAAUGCACUCACAUGUUUGCUGCCUUUAAGUUUUCAAUUUUGAGUUGUUAUUGUUUCUUCUAAUAAAGGGGCAGAUUAAAAUUUCAGAUUUUUGUACAUGCUGUUUUUUCUCUCUCAACCAUCAGCUUUAUUUGUUGUCACAAAUAAUCAUAUAAAUAAUUUUCUAUUUUUAAUUUUAAGGUAUGCAUAGGCCGAUGUUUUACGAGAACGUGAUACUAGAAAAUUACAUUGUAUAUGAUUGAUUAUGAUUAUUUACGCGAGUGUUAGACUUGGAAUUGAUCUUAUGCUGCAUUUGUAUCACCCAGAGCCACUAAAUGCUGAGCAAUUUAACUUUUUGUAGUCUAAAAUUCUAAUAAUUUGUGCCAAAAUUCUCUUUGCUAUAUAAUUUAGAUGGCAUCUGUUAUAUAUCCAUUUCAGUUUCCAUGCUUAUAAAAGGUGCAUCGGUUGAGUUAAAAGUAAACAUAUUCCAAGGUUGUUACAGAACUCUAUUUAGCCAGACUGCUACUUUUUAUUAUUCUCAUAUUUAUCUAUAUAGAUUUAGCCUUAAUAAUAGCUAUAUAUCUUGUUCCUACCAGGGUAUGAAAACAUGUUGUCCAGAAAGGAGACACUGUCAUUGAUGCCACUUGUGGCAAUGGUUUUGACACCUUAGCAAUGCUUAAUUUGGUUUCUGAUGAUUCUCAUAAUGGUUGUGUGUAUGCAUUGGACAUUCAAAAAGAUGCUUUAGAUAACAUUUCACUCUUGCUGGAAGAAUCACUUAAUCCCAAUGAGAAACAACUUGUCAAGCUCUUCAAUAUCUGCCAUAGUAAAAUGGAGAAUGCUGUUCCAAGGAAUGCUUCAGUUAGGCUUGUUGCAUUCAACUUAGGUUGUCUUCCAGGUGGUGACAAAGAGAUAAUAACAAGAUCAGAAACAACAUUACUAGCAUUGGAAGCUGCAUAGAGAAUUCUAAUGCCAGGUGGGCUUAUCAGCAUAGUGGUUUAUGUUGGGCACCCUGGAGGACGGUGAUAAUUCUAAUGCUUUACUUUGUGUCAUUAAUAUAUUAGUAGGUCCUUGAACUAUUUGAGAAUUUUUAAUAAGGUCUGUCUUUAAACUAAAAAGUUUGUAAUUGGGUCCUUGAUCUUCAUUUUUUGUAACUGGGUCCUUGGAGUUAGUAAAACCAUGACAAAUUGUUAUUUUUCAGGUGAUUGCAAACCAUCAUAAACCAAUUCCUGGGGCUCAAUUACUAAAAUUGUACAAGAUCAAGGACCUAAUUACAACUUUUUUAGUUUAGGGAGGGACCUAAUUACAAAUUUUCAAAAAGUUCAGGGACCUAUUGAUGCAUUAAACCAAGUUUUAGUGACUUUUUUUUACUGUAGUAUAUUAAAGGGAAAUACUCCCUAAAUGUUUUUGUACAUUAUUUGGUCAGUUUUGUAUAAUAAUGGAAAAUACUUCCUAAACAAUAAUGUUUUGGCUUGUUUCCAUAGAAGAGUUGGAAGUUGUUGAAUGUUUUGCUGGUAGAUUGUGUGUUGAGAAUUGGAUCUGCUGCAAGCUCCACAUGUUUAACCGGCCAUGUGCUCCAAUACCAAUUUUCUUAUACAAAAGAUAAUGUAAAUUAAUACCUGCUCUGAUUUCUUGGUUGCAAUUCAUUAACGUUCCUAAUCCUUAUAAAACAAUAAAU